CAGCCGUAGCUCAUCUCAUCGCGAGACUACCAUCCAGUCCUUUGCCUGGAUCCAGCUGGUAGCCUGCCUGCCUGCCUGCCGUUGACGGUUCUGUUGCAGUUGAGGUGAGAGCCGCCAGUCAUCAUGGGAAACAUCUUCGGCAACUUGUUGAAGAGCCUCAUAGGGAAAAAGGAGAUGAGGAUUCUCAUGGUGGGGCUGGACGCUGCUGGGAAAACCACCAUCCUCUACAAGCUGAAGCUGGGGGAGAUCGUCACCACCAUCCCCACAAUUGGUUUCAAUGUAGAGACAGUGGAGUACAAGAACAUCAGCUUCACCGUGUGGGACGUGGGCGGCCAGGACAAAAUCCGUCCCCUGUGGAGGCACUACUUCCAGAACACCCAGGGUUUGAUCUUUGUGGUGGACAGCAAUGACCGAGAGCGGGUGAAUGAAGCUCGGGAGGAACUCAUGAGGAUGCUGGCUGAGGACGAGCUGCGGGAUGCUGUUCUUCUUGUCUUUGCCAACAAACAGGAUCUGCCCAACGCCAUGAACGCUGCAGAGAUCACAGACAAGCUGGGCCUGCACUCCCUCCGCCACCGCAACUGGUACAUUCAGGCCACCUGCGCCACCAGUGGAGACGGCCUCUACGAGGGCCUGGACUGGCUGGCCAAUCAGCUGAAGAACAAAAAGUGAAGAGUCCAGUCAGUAGAGCGGGGAAGAGCCUGGGUGCCAGCUCCAGGUAGUGGUUAUAGUGGAUCCAUUGUGUUUACAUGGAGAGGCAGUGCUGAAAAGCUCCCGGGGGUGACUCUCAAUGGCUUUCUCCCCUGAAAACUUUUCUCUUAUUUCUUUACUUUAAUCAAUUUAAUUUCUUUGGAUCUGCGGUGAACAUUUUAAAUUAUUUAUGAACCAACGGUGUCGAAGUUGACCUAAAUGACAUACACUCUAUACGCUGAAUACAUAAAAUAUUGGGAUGUGAUAGUAUAACGUUACUGUAAAGACAUAUGUAUUUCCCCUACUUUGCAGUCUCCAUGAUCUUUGACCUCCAUGACCUUUUAAUUUGCUCAGAAAAAGUGAUGAAUCUAGACUCAUGAUGGCAGAGCGAAUUUGUAUAACUGUACUUUCCCUCAGAUACUUGAUGUAAAUUAUAAAGAAUGUCAUAAUAGUAUAGUGGGAGUACUUUUACUAUCUCAGAAUACUAUCACCUUGUUAAAAAUCAGUAUAUUCAUACAGGCUCAGAUAAAUGUAAACUUGUCAUUUUCUGUCCAAAUCAAUGUUUUACCUCCUCCAAAUGAUGCGCUUUAGAGCUCAGUUUGUAUUUUAUUUAAAAAAUAAGUUAGUUUAGAUUUCAUUUAAAUGUAUUUAUUUAUUCAUUAUGAUUUUAUUUAUUUUAUUAACAUCUGUUGACACACUGGAUAGUCUUAAACAUUUACGUUUUUGUCAGCAUUUAUUCAUUCAUUUAUUUAUUUAUUCCUAAGCUGAUUUAUUGAUUUAAUUUUCCAAAUGCAUCAUAUGGUUUCUCCCCUUUAUUGCAAUGUGCACUUACUGCUUUGCAGUGGAAAAAAAAAAAGACCCAGUAGUACUGCAUAUUACUACUUCCCAAUCUGCAUGGAGAUAUCCCAGAAGUGGCUCGUGGGCUUGUAGGAGCUUGUGAAUUACCGCAGGCUGCUGCUGUAAAUAAAGAUUUGUUCUUAGUCGACUUGCCUGGUUCAAUAAGGGUUAAAACAAUUUGUCUGGCGUCAGCGAGGUGUGAUAGCUGAACUGAUACAGAUGACAGAUCAGGCACACUGUACCGGCUCUGUGGCUUAGAAAAGAAAAAAAACAAAAAACGCUGCGAUUGGCCUGCCCUGUGGAGAGUGAUGCAGCAGAGCAUGUGAUUGGCAAUAUUAGAGAGCUUACAUGGUUUUUUUUCAAACGUUUAUUUUUUAAGUCAGUUUGUGCGAGCAGCUGCACUAUAUCUGUCAAAGGAACUCACGUUGCUUGUCACCCUGGUUUAUUCAUCCCUAAUUGGCGUAACACUAAGUGUGUUUCUUAUGUUAACCGUAGCUCUGUGUACCAUAUUGCACAAAAUAACUCUAGAUGCAUUAUUGUUGUACAAAUGUAACGUCUGUUUUUUCUUGUAUUUUUGGAUGGAGUAUUUAUUUAUUUUGGACCAAAAGGCAAGUGUUGAUUUUAGUGUUGUUUUUUUUUUUUCUUUCUUUCUUUGCUAACUAGAUCAGACAGUUGUCUUUUUGAGUGUUCACACAAAUCACAUAAUUUGAAAAAAUAGGAGAGAGGAUGAUAGUAAUACUGCAUCAUAAGGCAUGUUAAUACUGUACAAGAUCUGUAAUAAAAGUGAAUCAUAAUAGCCUGUUUCCUCAGACUAUAUUUGUUAGUCUAAAUUACUGCUGCUGGUUGGAACAAUGCUGUACUGAUAGAUGUUAUGGAUUUAGUGUAAAGUUUACCGAACAACCUUCUAAUAUGCAAAAGCAUGCUUUUCUAUGUCAGCGCAAUUGUAUAUAUGUUUAUGUAACGAGAAAAGUAUACCAUGGUAUUCACAGUCAAAUUGAAAGUGUUGUUGAUACACCUGUAGAUAUUGGGGUCAGUGUGUUGGCAGAUAUGUAUAACUGACAGCAGCUUGUGUGUGUGAUGUGCCCUCUAUUACGUUCAGUUUGGUGUGAACAUUGUUUUUUGUGGCCUUACAUUGCCAGUGGUUAAUUUCUCUUUGAUAACAGGUUUGUAUGUAGGAAUGUCCAACAUUCAGAUAUCUCACUUAUGAUCUGUAACACUGAUGCACUCGCGGUACUGUCGUGGCUAAACAUUCUUCUUUCAAUGACUAUUGGCAGAGUUUUAACUAUAAAAAUGAAGAAUAAUAAGACUGCAGAACAUUCCAAGUGAUAAUGUGUAUUUAAAAAGUGAACAAACAGAAAAAAAAAGAUUUUAUUUAACUUAUAGUGGAAUAUUAUUAAGAAGAUACAAUGAAAACAACACAAACUGGUGCAAGUGUUGAAUGAUUUAAUGAAUCCUGGCACUACAUUGAUCAAUCAAUAAAAAGACCAAACCACAAA